AUGGGUUUGCUUUUCACGAAACUAGUGAAGAUGUUUAUGGACGAGGAACACAAAGUUAUUGUUGUCGGAUUAGACAACGCUGGGAAGACAACGAUUCUAUAUCAGUUCCUGAUGAACGAGGUCGUUCACACGUCCCCAACAAUUGGCUCAAACGUCGAGGAGAUAGUAUGCAAGAAUGUGCACUUUUUCAUGUGGGACAUUGGCGGGCAAGAGUCGCUGCGAACGAGCUGGAAUACCUACUUCGCCGACUCCGACUUUGUAAUUUUCGUCGUCGACAGCACAGACCGCGAGAGACUUCACAUAUCCAAAGUAGAGCUGAGUAAAAUGCUGAGCCACGAAGAUCUGUCCAACGCCAGACUACUAGUAUUAGCGAACAAGCAGGACGUAAAGGGAUGCAUGACGGCGGCUGAGAUCAGUCAGCAGCUGCAGCUGACGGAGCUGAAAACGCACACUUGGAAUAUUCAGUCGUGUUGCGCGCUCACUGGCGAGGGCCUUUCCGAGGGUUUAGAAUGGAUGACGCAGCAAGUUUCCGCGAGGUGA